ACAAAAAUAAGAAAUUUACACCAAAUGUGUGUAACCUACCUGUCCUAUCUAUCUCUUAUGUACCUACACAAAAAAGCAAAUUGCUAGUUAGUAGGUAAGUUUUUUUUACAUGUGAUCAUUAAAUAACAACUGUCACGUUCCACCAACGUCGUUUUAACUUUCACUUUGUAAGCAAUUUGAGUAGACAAAUGCACGACCUCGAAAAGAAAGCACCUAAAUAAAUCAAAACAGCGCUUGGCGACUAACGCGAGCUGCGAAACAUUUUCUCUUUCGUUUACCUAUGCAAAUUUCGCACAUCGAGCGCCGCCUCGAGGGACCGCGGCAGAUUGAUUGUAAUGCUUUACAAACGUAUCGUAUCGUGAUCGGCGCUGCCAUAAUGUACACCUGACGCCGAUUAAGCCAGCCGAAUUAUGGUCGUGUUUUGUGUGCCACGACCCAGAUUAUCCGGGAGCUAAGCGCGCGAACGCUCUCGGGACCGUUAGCUUAUUGAAUUACAAAUGUUGACUGGGAGUGGUGAGGAGGCUGCGCGGUUCGUGGUCGCGCGCAAUCGGUCGGUGAACCGUUUGUUUACCGGAGCCGGCGCGGCCGCAGCGGUGUAGGUCAGGAGCUGGUGGGGGCCGGCGCCAGCGCACAGUCCGCCGCCGACUGCCGAGAGUGCAUCUUGCAGACAUGGCUCUGCUACCGCCGGCCUAGCCACCGCACCGGUUCCUGAUCGCUAAUCGAAAGUGACCUCUUUACCACUGUUGUGCCCCAACGAUGACAAAUUAUCGGUGAUUUCAUUCAAAUAAAUAUAAUAAAAUUUUCUUACGUGACAGUGUUCGUCGAAAGUGGCCAUUUUCAAAGGAUUAUCCGCUUACCCCGUGAGGAUUAUACGCGACAUGGGAGUGGGAAUGCGCGUCUCAUGGCUACGGCCGUGGGUGCGCGUGGUGGUGGCGGCGGCGACGCUGGCACAGGCGCUCGGCACGUGCCCAUGGGAGCCUGUGCCCGCGCUGCAGGCCGCCUGCGUGUGCGCCGUCAACCUCGCCAGGGACUUGUCCGUGCAGUGCGACCAGGUGGACUUCGCUGUGCUAUUAAAAGCACUGAAUUCGAGCGCAAGAAACAUUCCAAUAGACUUAUUGUACAUCAACAAUUCAACAAUACCGGCGCUCACGGAUGGCAUGUUUACGCACUUAAAGAUUCACAACGUUCAAAUUUCCGGUUGCAAAAUCACCCGAAUCGACGACGACGCCUUUCGCGGGCAAGGCCCUCAUCUGAAGAAUUUGAACUUGCAAGAUAACGAGUUGUAUGAAGUGCCAGUUAAAGCUUUUAAGAUAUUAACAAAUCUUUCGCUGCUUGACAUCUCAAAGAAUCGCAUCACUUACAUAGAGAACCAUUCGUUUAUAACAUUGCGAAAACUGACAACAUUAAAAAUAUCAGACAACAACGUCACGCUGGCGCCACAUGCGCUGACUGGUCUGGAAAAUUCGCUAAAAAAUUUAAAUCUUAAAGGAACUAAACAAAAAAGUGUCCCAGAAUGUAUAAGAGGUCUUCGCAGCUUAGCGUUCCUCGAUCUGUCGCAGAACAGCAUCAGAGAAUUACCCGGACCUGAAGGCAAGCGAACCUUUGAAGGGUUAGAUUCUUUGACAGCACUUAACUUGGAACGAAACCUGAUUGUGACGCUUAAAGAAGACGCAUUUGCUGGUAUUAAAACCACAUUAAGUUCCUUGAGUCUCCUAAAUAAUCUUUUGCCGGAAUUUCCUGCCGCUGCGAUUGGCACAUUAACGGAAUUAAGAGUUCUCGACAUAGGGUUCAACUUGUUAAACAAGCUGCCUGGAAAUGCUUUUGGAAGUAAUCCAUCGAUUACACUUCUGGCAUUAGAUGGUAAUCCGUUACCCACAGUGCCUGCCGAAGCUCUUAGCCAUUUAAACCAUACCCUUCGAGGUUUAAGUAUCGGAGGACGAUUUCUGAAUUGCGAUUGUCGUCUUCGCUGGAUUAUAGAAUGGAUACGAGACGGUGAACUACAAGUGACCUCUAGAGAAAGAAAUCCUCAAUUCUGUGGCCACCCGCCACAGUUCCGUGAGCGCGGUUUCUACAGUUUUCAACCGAACGAGCUGGUUUGUGAGCACGAGACGACGGCUACUCCAGAAGAGUCGACCACGCCACAGAGGCAGAUCAAUGAUUGGAAGAUAAGUCAGACAACAUCGACAACUGCGCGAAGUACAACCACAAGUACUACAACUACUACGACAACGGCUGCGACCAGUCCUGUGACAACUACUAGUAGUGAAGCGACGUCGAAGGCGCCCGUGACCACGACGGGCGCGUCGCGGCCCCGCCUUCCACCGGCCGUGCGGCCCGCGUCGCCCACCUGGCGACAUGCCCCUCACCAGCGCCCGCCACUCGUUAUGAACUUUCCCCAGAAACCAAAAGUGGACGACUCGAACGAGGUCAUCGUUAAGAAUGCCUACAGGCAAGACAACUCCGUCAUUAUACAGUGGGACUCAGACGUAGCCAAUAUUCUUGGAUUCAGAGUGGUGUACAGAUUGUUUGGUGAUAAAAGUUUCAAGCAAGGCCCGCCGCUUGAAGCCAGCGAGCGAGAAUUUAAAAUCAAAAACGUUCCAUCCCAGGAAUGUAUAGUGGUAUGCGUUAUCUCGCUAGAAGAAGUGCACGUGAGCCCCGAAACGGUGCCGUACUCGCAGUGCCGCGAGGUGCGCACCGUGUCCGCCGCCGCCUCCAACAUGGACAAGAUCACCAUCGCCGCCAGCGCCGCCAUCUGCGGCACCAUCGUGGUGGCAGUUCUCGUGUUCGCGGCGGCAUCUCGCCGGCGAGCGAGGACGGUGCACAGACUGCACAACGACAAGCUGCCAGGCGCCUGCUGCGGCGCGCUCGGCACCCCCAGCCCGGGCGGCCCGUUGUCCUCCCUCGCCACGCUCGGCGCGUUCGGCAAGCAGCGUGAGUGGGAUCAAGUGUCGGCUUACAGCGCACGUUCGAUCCCGCGAGCACGAACCUAUACCGAACCGGCUCCCCCCGAUCCCCUGCCCGGCCGGCCCGGCCGCGCCCGCUCCCUCGCCGACGGCCAAUCUCAGCAUAGUUACGCGCCCUCGGCCCGCUACGGGAUGCCCGGCUACCCGGGCAGCCUCCUCGGAUCUCGAACCGAUCUCCGUCAGUCGCGGCAGUCCCUAGGGGCGGCAUCGGAGCGUGCGUCGCGGCUGUCACUGAGCGGCGCGGCGGGCGGUGCGACGGGCGGCACGGGCAACUCGCGCCGGCGGCCGCGCUCGCGCUCGCGGCCCGCCAGCAGGUACAGCGUGGGCUCGCUCGGCAUGGGCUACUGCGAUACGUCCGACAACUGGACCGACCACGACAUGGACAUCUAUAUGGCCCGGAACCCGACGACGCGGGGCGGCCUGGUGCCGUUAUAGCGAGCGCGGGCGGGGCGGGGGCGGGGCGCGGGGAGCCCACGCGCGCGCUACUCGCCGUCGCCGCGGCGCGGCGCGCCGUGCACCUCGUGGUCCGCUCGUGAGCGUGGCCCGCGCGGCCGCCCCGCCCGCCUCGCCCGCCGGGGGGCCGAGGCCGGCGACAGCCCGCCGUGGGAACGCCUCGAGAAGAAGGUCGAUUCCAAAAACAAGAAGUGAUCCGAGGGUGACCCUCGUAGUAGAGAUCGUUACCACUACCCUGACCGCUCACAUGGAAAAUUUACGUCAUCGAUGACAUAUUUACAGUAAGCAGCGGAAGUCGCUACUCUGACCGAUUUUUUGAAGAGGUUAGCGUUGAAAAUUUUUUGUCUAAAGAAAAACCGGCCAAGAGCAUGUAGGGACAUGCUAAGUGUAGGGUUCCGUAGUUACACAUCCGUCACAGUAGUCUGCCUUGAACGGGGACCAUUAGUAAGCAUCAUGUACAGUCAACAAAAGGGAGUACCUUCGCGGCGCUUUGAUUGUACUAAGAAGAGAAGACUGCAAUAACUCAAAAACGGCUUAACCGAUCAUGUUCGCUAUAGUUUUCAUUGAAAACUUAAUAAGCUUUACUUUCGAAAAAAUUUUCAUGGACGCCUUUUUGUCGUCGGAAUCGAUUAUUUCCGAAGUUAUUAACUUUAUAAAAAAAUAGUUGUUGAAUCAAUAAUAGUUAUUCAUUUUAAAAUACCUAUUCAACGAUAUCCCACACGAAGCGAAAUAAAAUUCAUCCCCACUUUACGUGUAGGGGAGGCACCCUAAAAAAAUAUAGUUUUCUAGUUUUUAUUAUACCACUUUAUUAUACAAUUUCUAUGUCCAUGCCAAAUUGCAGCUUUCUAACAUUAAGGACCACCGACCAAAGUUGCGGACGGACGGACAUGGCGAAACUAUAAGGGUUCCUUGUUGACUAUGGAACCCUAAAAAAGAGACUUGGGUAAAUAAUUAAAAGCUUCAUUUUCUACGUAGCUUCUGCUGCUGCGCACACAAGACUAAAAUUAGGCUCCACCCGAAAUAACGAAACGAAUAUUAUGAAUGGAGAAAUCGAGCAACUUAUGCAUUCCAUUUGCUUAAUUAAGAACUAGUCAGAUCAGAUAUUUUUCCGUCCAACGAAAUUAUAAGACUAGGAUCAUAUAUUUGACUAUUUUAUAGUGUGGAAAAGCAAUAUUAUUUAAUAUCCGCUAUUAUCAUCAUUCUUGUUUAUUUUGUCGAUUUAUGUUAAGUUAUGUCAUUAAUAGGUAAGUAGGUAUUGUAAUUAUUUUUAAGUUGUAAAUAUUAGAUAAAUAAGAAAGUGCAUAAUAUAAUCCAGUUUACUUAUCCAAUAACCAAAUACAAGAGAAGCAUAAUCCAAAUGGUGCUAAAAUAUUAUUACAAUUUGUACAUACACUUUACUCAUAAUUAAAUCAAUGUUGUUAAUAAAUUGAAAUAUUUUGACUAUUAAAUUGUUAUACCACAAA